ACUCUAAGCAGACUCGAAUUUAUUUUUGUAUCGUCAACCUACGAUUGCAUAUCUACAUAGUUGCAACGCAACGCAAAUUCAUAAAGUUCUACAUUUUUCGCAGAAACUCGAGGUGAUAUUUCUCAAUAUAUAUUUAUAAUUUUAGACAGAAUGAUGCCUUUAUUUUCCCCUGCAGAUCUGUUGGUUUCAAUCUUGAGUUGGGUGCUAAAUGUUCCCACUCCAUCUAAGCUGGACAAAAAGAGAGAGGAGUUGAAAAAUAACUGGCAUACGGCUACUCCUACCUGGAACUACAAACCUGGUUCGUUGACUUCCAAAAGUUCCCACGCAAAAGGCCCCAUUACCACGACCCCCAUUACGACCGGAGUCGUAGAUAAAUACAUCAUCCUAGCCUCUGAAAAAUAUCUUAACCUCGCGACGCCAAAUUUUCUCGGAGUUUCGCAACAUCCUCGACUUAACUCGGCUGCUGAGAAAUGUGUGCAAAAAUUUGGCCCUGGAACGUCUGGCCCUCCCAUUUUUUACGGAAGUGCAGACGUCUACAAAGAAAUGGACCGCAAUAUCGCAAAAUUUUUGCAAGUAGAUGACUGUGUCACGUAUAAUAUUACAUUCACUGCGAUGCUAUCUGCGAUUCAAGUUUAUGCUGGACCAGGAGACGUUAUUUUUGUCGAUGAGCAAGUCAACAUCUCCAUCCGACUGGGUCUUGGCCUAAGUAAAAGUAGGAUAAUCUACUUUAAAGCUAACGAUGUUCAACAUCUCGCAAGACUGUUGGAACAGGAGGAGACCAACAACCAGGAAAGGAGAAGAUUUUGUGUGCUUGAAGGCAUCUACGCUCAAACAGGGACGCUUUGUCCCCUCGGAGAAAUUAACGAUCUGUGCAAACGACAUAAAGUCCGAAUCCUCUUGGAUGAAAGUGUCUCUUUCGGCGUGCUUGGUGCAACUGGGAGAGGAGCCACGGAACAUUUCGGGAUUAAAGCAACGGAUAUGGACGUUAUUUGUGGCACGUUUGAAGCAGGGUUUGCAUCUUAUGGGGGAUUUAUUGCCGGCUCGACAGUUGUCGCUAGUUUCCAGAGAUUUUACGGAAAUGGUCACAUAUUCUCAACGGCCUUACCCCCAAUGUUUACCAGUGUGGUGAACGAGGGUUUGAAAAUGCUACAAGAGGACAACUCCAAUUUAGUGAGGCUCCGAAAAAACUGUGAAUUAAUGCACAGGGAGUUGGAGAAAGUAAAUCAACUACGCAUUUGUAGUGAUCCAAUUUCUCCAGUGAAACAUUUGUCGGUUAAAAACCCAAGCAUUUCCAUGGAUGAGGCAUCUCUCAUUUUGGACAGGGCCAUUGAAUCGUUGAAAAUCAACCACAAAAUAGCAGUGGGUAAAGUCUCUCCGGGAGGAACGAAGGCAAAUUCCCACUUGUCACCAAGCAUCCGGAUUUGUGUAAAUUCUCUCUUGCAGAAGAAAGAUAUUGAUGAUUUCGUGUCAGCUUUACAAAACAUUUUUUAUGAUUAGAUUAUGCAAGUGAUUUACAACAUUAUCAGUUUUUAAAAACAUCACAUUUAAUACUGGUUAUGAAGAGUUUAAUAAAUUCCUAAAUAAAAUACUUAAAUUAUCAAA